GGGAGCCUGAGCCUCCCGUAUCCCAGCGAGCUGCGUGGCGGGCAGUGUUUACGGCUUGUGGGUGACUGCAUUUUUGCUGUGUGUGGUGAGGUGUCGGGGGUUGGGCUGCCAGGAGGUUGGGAUCGGCUCAGACCUACCACCCACCACCCCAGGCCUUCUGAGUGGAUCGCGGCUGGACGCGAGGUAGAGUUCUCUGCUACCAAGGAUGUCUAGAUAAACUUCAGUGAAAUGACUCUUCAGGAAUUGGUACAUCAGGCUGCCUCCAUUUAUUCAGAUAAAAUAGCUGUAUGUUUCGAUGAAUGUAAUGACCAGUCUCCAAUUUAUUACACCUACAAGACUCUGGUUAAUGCAGCUUCAGAAUUAUCAGAUUUUCUGCUAUUACACUGUGACUUCCAAGGAAUUCAGGAAAUUGGUCUCUACUGCCAGCCUGGGAUAAGCUUACCCUCUUGGAUUUUAGGAAUUCUCCAAGUCCCUGCUGCUUAUGCUCCUGUUGACCCAGAUUCACCACCAGCAUUAUCAACUUAUUUUAUGAAAAAAUGUAACCUAAAGUAUAUCCUUGUUGAAAAACAGCAAAUCAAUAAAUUCAAAUCUUCCUAUGAAAAGUUAUUGAACUAUGAUACAUUUACAGUAGAACAUAAUGACCUAGUACUCUUCAGACUUCACUGGGAAAAUGUUGAGGUGAGCUUGAUGCUAAAUGAUAGAAAAGAGAAAUAUGAAAAAGGAAAAGUGACAAACAGCUGGGGUUCUGAAAACAGCAGUGAAGAGAAGUCAGAAGAGCACAUGGAUGUGAGGCUAAAGCAUUGUUUGGCCUAUGUUCUCCAUACGUCAGGCACCACGGGAAUACCCAAGAUUGUCCGAGUCCCUCAUGCAUGUAUAGUGCCAAACAUCCAGCAUUUUCGGGUACUUUUUGAGAUCACACAAGAAGAUGUUGUGUUUUUGGCUUCACCUCUGACCUUUGAUCCUUCAGUUGUGGAAAUAUUUAUUGCUCUAUCGAGUGGCGCCUCUCUGCUUAUCGUACCAACUUCUGUCAAAGUACUCCCAUCAAAAUUAGCCACUGUUCUCUUUUCCCAUCACCAAGUGACCAUUUUACAGGUAACACCGACAUUGCUUAGAAGAUUUGGAUCUCAGAUUAUCAAGUCUACUGUUUUAUCAGCCAGUACUUCUCUUCGAGUAUUAGCGCUUGGUGGUGAAGCAUUUCCAUCACUGACUGUUCUUCAAAGCUGGAGAGAAGUAGGCAAUAGGACACAAAUAUUUAAUGUUUAUGGUAUCACAGAGGUAUCAAGUUGGGCGACUUAUUACAAGAUUCCAGAGAAGAUUCUUAACUCUACUUUGAAAUGUGAAUUGCCUGUACAACUGGGAUUGCCACUGCUUGGAACAGUAGUUGAAGUCAGAGAUACUAAUGGUUCCAGAAUCCAAGAAGGCAAUGGCCAAGUAUUUUUAGGUGGCAGAAACAGAGUAUGUUUUCUUGAUGGCGAGAUGACGGUACCACUUGGCACAAUGCGAGCCACAGGAGACUUUGUGACUGUGAAAGAUGGAGAGAUAUUUUUCUUGGGACGAAAGGACAGUCAGAUCAAACGUCAUGGCAAACGUCUUAACAUUGAACUUGUGCAACAGGUUGCUGAAGGACUUCAGAGAGUGGAGUCUUGUGUGGUUAUAUGGUAUAAUCAAGAAAAGUUAAUUCUAUUCAUGGUGUCCAAAAAUGAGUUAGUAAAGGAGUACAUCUUUAAAGAACUGGAGAAACAUCUUCCAAGUCAUGCAAUCCCAGAUGAGCUUGUGUUGAUUGAUUCUCUACCAUUCACAUCUCAUGGCAAAAUUGAUGUUUCUGAGUUAAACAAGAUUUAUUUAAACUACACAAACUUGAAGUCUGAGAGUAAGCUCAAUGGAAAAGAGGAACUUUGGGGAAAAUUACAGCAUUUGUGGAAGUCUAUUCUGAAUCUCUCAGAAGAUUCUUUGAAGAUUCCUGAUGAGUCACUCUUCUUAACUAGUGGUGGAGAUUCCUUAAAGUCCAUACGGCUCCUCAGUGAGAUUGAAAAACUUGUUGGCACAUCAGUACCUGGGCUUCUGGAAGUUAUUCUCAGCAGUUCCAUUUUAGAGAUCUACAAUCACAUUCUUCAAACAGUGUUUCCAGAUGAAGAUCUGACAAGAUUUAAUAAGAAUUAUGCCACAAAAAGAAAAUUCAGCGACAUUAAUCAAGAGGAAACCAGUGGACAGUCUUUAUGUCAGAAAUCUGUAAUGCCUUUAAAUUUAGACAAUGAGAGAAAUGCUUUUAUUGCACUGAGCAGAGGGAGUCAGAUUUUUUCUCUGAAUACUAGCAGGUUUUUAACUGAGUUAGGAAAUUGCCCUUCAUCCUAUUCUUCUGAUUUAAUUUCACAGAUUAAUAUUCAAAAUGUAAGAGGCUUAAAUCCUCUAUCCGUUACUGGGAAGUCAAAAGAUUCAACCUGCGUUGCAAAAGUUUGUGACGAUGAAACACCUGUGACACGGGCUAAGAAAAUGGAGUUACGUGUGAGGUGGAGAUCAGACACAGGCAAAUGUGUAGAUGCCUCGCCUCUGGUUGUGAUUCCAGCUGUUGAUAAGUCAUCGGCAACUGUGUACAUUGGCUCCCAUUCUCAUAGAAUGAUGGCAGUUGACCUUUACUCUGGGAAGGUGAACUGGGAACAGAUUUUGGGAGAUCGCAUUGAAUCCUCAGCAUGUGUAUCUAAGUGUGGAAACUUUAUUGUAGUGGGCUGUUAUAACGGGUUAGUUUAUGUUCUGAAAAGUAAUAAUGGAGAAAAAUACUGGAUGUUUACUACUGAGGAUGCUGUCAAAAGCUCGGCAACCAUGGAUCCAACCACAGGAUUCCUUUACGUUGGAUCUCAUGACCAGCAUGCAUAUGCUUUGGAUAUUUAUGUAAGAAUUUACCUCAUCGGUCUCAUAACAAUAAGCGUACAAGAACAUGAAACUGUCGGGUGCUCCUCACUAGGAGAGCAGAAAAAGAAGUGUAUUUGGAAGUUAAAAUGUGGAGGAACUAUCUUUUCUUCGCCUUGUUUGAGCCUGAUUCCACAUCACUUGUAUUUUGCUACACUGGGAGGACUUUUACUGGCUGUAAAUCCUGCCACUGGGAAUAGAAUUUGGGAACAUUCCUGUGGGAAACCACUCUUCUCUUCUCCACGGUGUUGUCUACAGUAUGUUUAUAUUGGCUGUGUAGAUGGGAAUUUACUUUGCUUCACCCACUUUGGAGAACAGGUUUGGCAGUUCUCUACCAGUGAACCAAUCUUUUCAUCCCCGUGUACCUCCUCAUCAGAGCAAGAAAUAUUUUUUGGUUCCCAUGAUUGCUUUAUCUACUGUUGUAGUAUGAAAGGUCACCUCCGAUGGAAAUUUAAAACUACCUCAAGGGUGUAUUCAACACCAUUUGCUUUCCAUAACCACAGUCAUAGCAAUGAUAUGUUGCUGGCAGCAGCAUCUGCUGAUGGGAAACUGUGGAUCUUGGAAUGUGAGACUGGACAGUUGCAAAGUGUGUAUGAACUUCCUGGAGAAGUUUUCUCUUCUCCUGUGGUCUGGGAAUCAAUGCUUAUUAUUGGAUGUAGAAAUAAUUAUGUUUAUUGUCUGGAUUUAUUGCAUGGAAAUCAAAAUUAAUCAAGUACAGUUUUUAUUAGAAUAUACCUUAAAUGUUUGAAAACAUUUUACCAUUGUAGAGCACGUAAAUAGUUUUAUUUUAUAAAAAUUAUAUUUUGCUUAGUGAA